AUGUCGAGUAGUGGCCGCAACGGUAAUAGCCGCCAAUCUUCUUCUUCUCAGAACAGCCAGGGCUAUGGAACUAUUCAAAACCCAAAACGCACAUCCACAGAAGAUGACAGUUCCAAGGCAUUUAAGAAUAAAAUUAUAACUGCCAUUAUUGAUGGCCUACAACUAGCUGGUAAAUAUAGCAUAGAGAGCUUCGGGAAAGCAGUGGAGGAAAUGAAAAAUGAUCGGAAGAGCAUCACAGAGACGAAGGCCCUGAAGUCACUAGAUGCCAUGAUCAAUUUCUGCACUAAUCUAUUGAGCGAGGACCGUAAUGAUAGGGCAAAAGCCACAAGGAUAUAUACCCAACUGGACCGAAAGAAAAGUGUACAACACUUUAGAGAUUUGGCCGAGGAAACCAAAAGGAUUUUAGACUCUACGGGAAAGCGGCAAUUUGAAAUGGGUGCAGUUUUCGCGCGCACCGAAGAAGUACGGAGCGGAAAUAUUGACCUUAGUCUACUCCUCUCGAAAGCUAGAAACAAUAUUGAUUUGGCUCUGACAUCAAAUAACGUAGAGAAAUGUAUGCCCAAUAAUUGGGAUGUAAAAGUGCAUUUCCACGCGCAAGGCAUUAAGUAA